AGACUUGAUUAGAUUAACAAUACCCACUGCUGCAGGUGUUGAUAGGGUGGUGACAGAAUUAAAGUUUUCUGUGUUAAUGCUUGGGAAGUGAAAGAUGGUUCUGGAAAAUGCCAUCCAAUUAGUAUCAGAUGGAUAAUGCCCUCCUAAUAACCCACUGUGCACUGGUUAGACAGAGACUGAGCAAUUCCAUGUUAUGGUUUUCCCAGGUUAUAGGUAUCCUGUGUGCUAGAAACUGUGCCUAGAGCUAAGGAUUCUCCUAUCCCAACUUUGAGCAUUUUAGCUUUUGUGUGUACUUUGUUUUGGGGAUGUAGUAUCUGUAAGUUUUGUUUACAAAUUUAACCAAGUAAUGAAGGUUAACAAGUAUGGCAUUUAUAAACUGUGUUGGAAAGAUAUGCCUUGGUUUAAUAUGUUUAUACUUAAUGAAAAUAAGCAAUUACUGCUUGUUUGCUAUUGCCUAAAUCUGUAGAAGACCCUCUUCUCAUGGGUAUAUUUACUAAGACUGUGGAAUACCCAGGAUAGCCUCCAGACAGUAAAUCCUUACUCCCCAGGUAAAAAGCGAGUUACUGUGCAAUUUAGCCAGCCAUUCAGUUUUGCUCUGAUAUUUGAGAAGGGGACCCUGGGCUCUGUAUUAUCCCUGGGAUGGCUGCAGGGGAGCAGUGUGAUGUGAAGGUGUGUACAGGUGUGCCGUGGACACAGCAGCGUGGUGGGAAGGAGACUCAAUACCAGAAAACAGCACCCCCAGCACUGGUUCCUGCUGGUUCCAUGCUCAGCCCAGGGAGGUUUCACCAACAGUUUCAGUGUCCUCCACAGCAAACAAAUUUCCCAAGCCUGUAGGACUUUAUGAGCUCUUGCUUGUGGGAAACACCUCCAGGGAAGGAGUGCUUAUCAGCACUUACUUCUCCUUUCUUCUGGAUGUUUUAGGGAAGGGCAGAAGCUGUCUCCCAGCUGUCUGUGCAGCAGCUGCCCUCAGGUGCUCUCUGCAGGGCCUGGGAGGGGGACUAAGGGAUUACUGGUCUCCUGAGCCUUGACCUCCUCCUCCUCCUCCCUUUUCCACUUUUGGAGUCUUACAGAUCAGGGACACUGUCUACUGACUUACUUGUAGCUCUUGCCUGGGAAGAAGACAGCAAGGGUGAUACUCCCCUGUGAGGACAACAUUCCCAUGUCUCAUGUUCCCAUUCCCUAAAGGUUAGGGUGGAUGGGACUAUUGAACUGAUGUGUGUGGCUCCUCAAGCUAAAAGGCUUGGGUCUAGAUGGGGCUUGGAUGGGAGGUUGCAGAGAGCUCCCACAUAGUGGUAUUGCAAUCCACACAGCUGGGGCUGAACCUAGAGCCACAAGAAGGGAAGGAGCUUGGAUGUCACUAUGUCACUCCUGCAAAGGACACUUCAUAGCUCAUGCCAUCUAGAGGGGAUGAGGUUGUCCUCUCCUCCAAGCCCCUUUGAGCCCUUCCUUGGAGCACUGUGGUGAAGGAUGGUGGAGACCAUUUUGGUGUGCUGGUGUGGAUUUUGGAGCUGCCUCUUGCCAGAAAAGGAAGGAGCUGGAAUGUUCUUUUGGCUGAGCUGUUACACACAGGAAAGAAGUGAAAGUGGUGGUCACACCUCCUUGGUCAGCUGGGAAGAUAUUUGUCCUAUGUCUUGUCUAAAGUAGCACCCCUAAGGGCUGUGUGUGAUAGUCCUUCUACUGGGAGCCCACCGAGGAGGCUGGGACUUGCUGAUACUCCCUGGAAUCCCUAGUAAGAAGUGUACAUAUGGAAGCUUUUUUCUUGGAUCAAAGCCUUCUGGCUUAAUAGCAGCUGUUGGAGCUUUGCAGAGGCAGGGGUCAUGUUAAUGUGUAAGCCACAGGGAAGUUUAGGGCUCCACAGUCCUAUAUGCAAAGCGUUUCUGAGCUAAACUGCUGGUGUCUCCCUGCCUGGUUGCUCUGCCCUCUGAGGAAGAUACCUGGAAAUAUGGAAAUCUUAAACCUGGAUAUGAAGCCUGGGAACACCCUGAAGGUGAAGGGCAAAAUAUCUCCUGAUACUGUUGGCUUCAGCAUCAAUCUUGGCUGCAGCUCAAGAGAUCUGGCAUUUCACUUCAAUCCCCGCUUCAAUGAGUCUGUCAUCGUCUGUAACUCCAAGUGCUCUAAUGCCUGGCAGACAGAGCAUCGUGACAGCCACCUCCCUUUCUUCAGGGGCUGCACUGUCAAGUUCUUAAUUGAAAUGCUGUCAGACAAAUUCCGUGUGAAACUGCCGGAUGGCCAUGAAGUGCACUUCCCCAACCGGCACGGCUACCGCAAAAUCACCUUCAUGAGCAUCGUGGGAGGCUUCAAGAUGAUCUCCUUCAAGCUGAGCUGAUGGGCACCACUUCCUAGAUCCAAUAAAAACCCUAGCCAGUGGAA